AUGGACGCCGAAAUGGCCGAAGUUAAAGACCACAGCAUUAUGGACCAGGACGAGCAGCAGCUCCACGAUGAGCACCACCACCACGACGAGCACCACCACGAGCACCAUCUUCACCACCACCAUGAGCUCGAGCACGAGCACGAGCACCAGGGCGAGGAUGACAAUAUGGGCGAGCCCAUGGGCGACGAGCACGACGUUGGCGUCGAUCAGGAGCAGGACCCAGACACACAGCAGUAUGAUCAGCAGUACGAUGGCAGCUACGUGCAGCAAUACGAGACCGGCGAGGAGGGCGCCGAGGGCAUAUACGAGGUGCAGGGCGCCGUCGAGGGCGAGUAUGAGCAGGACCCCGACUCUGUCGCCUACGACGUGGUUGUUGACGCGGCCGCUGCGGUUGCCUCGGCUGCCGCUGCCGCCGCCGUGCCCGGCGAGCAGGAGUAUGGCGAGCAGCAGGUGGGCGACGGCCAGGAGUACGCGGACCAGCAGGUGGGCGACGGCGGGCAGGAGUACGCAGACCAGCAGCACGACGGGUACAUGGAUGACCCCAACGCGCACCAGUACGGCGAGCAGGACCUCAACGGGCAGACCGAUGACCAGGGCGAGUUGGUAGACGACCAGACGCUGGCGGCGCACCCGGCGACUUCGCGCGAGAUGGAGGUCGCCGAGUCAAUGGUCAUUGACAACGAGCACGGGAUGAGCUCCGAGGUGACGCAGGCGAUGACGCGCUACGACUACACAAGCAACCCCGAUGGGCUGCAGACGCUGGCGGCGACCAGCUCAGCGGUCACAGCGCAGAACAUGAUGGAGACGCCGACGCGCGGACACCACCACGGUAUGGACAGCUCAAUGGGCAUGUACCACGGGCAGAAGCCCAUGAUGCCCAAGUUCAACCGCGCGCGCAACUGGUCCAACGAGGAAACCAAGAUCCUGCUGGCCGAGCUCGAUCGCAUUGUUAAUAACAACACGGAUGACCGGCGCGAGACAGUGCUGCGCUCACACUCGACGUACGAGGAGAUCGCCGAGGCGCUGCGCAACAAGGGGUACAGUAGCCGCGACGGGCAGGGCUGUAUGAUCCGUUGGCGCAACCUGCUGCGCGUGUACAAGCAGCUGCGCGCAUCGAUGGUCGACGGCAAUCCACCGUCCAGCCACCCCAAUAUGCAGUACGCCAGUGCUAUUGAGGGCAUCUACCGGUUCCCGCCCGACGGCAUGCCCUAUAUCCACAACGAGGGCUCGCCCUCCCUGGAGCAGUCACCCGGCGCACAGUCGCGCACAUGGUCGCAGGCCAACGGUGGAUCGUACGAGACUCCUGCGCGCAAGAGGGCGCGUGAGAUCAACAUGAUGUCCGAGAACAUUGAGCAGGUCGACCAGAAGCUUGAGCAGACCAUGGAGUACGUUGGACAGCAGAACGAGCUGCUGCGCUCGCUUGUUGACCGGCUGUCACGCUCCGAAGAGGCCCUUAAGCAGACUGAAGCGGCCCUGGAGUCCCUUAAUGCCACUAUUACUGAGAAGGAUGCCAGGCGCGAUGAGCUCGAGAAGCAGCUGCUGGCCACACUGCAGGCGCUGUCCCAUGUUAUUGCGGCAAAGAAACCCGAGGAGCAGCAGUAA